GCAAAAUCCGCUGCAGGGCCAACCGAGCUUAUUUUUUCCACGCCCUGUUAUUCGUUAAUUUGCACUUGCUCAACCUCUCUCCUCCGUCUACCGACAACUCGCUUUCAUUGUCCUCCAUGCAAGCCAUUCGCCUGGCGCGCCCUAGAGUCUCCUUGCGCCGUCUGGCGACCACCGCUCAGGUGCCCACGUCCGGACCCUCGUCCGUGACCGCGUCUGUUAUUCCUCUCUCCAACGUCGAGGCACAAUGGGAAAAUAUGUCUAAGAGCGAGCAGGCAGUUGUCCACCGGCAGCUCGAGGAGUUGCAGAAGAAGGACUGGAAGACGCUCUCUAUGGACGAGAAAAAAGCGGCAUACUAUGUUGCCUUUGGCCCGCAUGGACCCCGGGCUCCUGUCAGCCCUCCUGGCCAGGGCCUCAAGGUUUUCCUUUUCACCAUGGGCCUUGUAGGUGUCGCUGGAUUGCUCACCAUGGCCCUCCGUUCACAAUCUCCACCUCCACCGAAAACGCUUACACGUGAAUGGGAGGAAGCAACUAAUGAACGCGCACGCGAGCAAAAGUUGAACCCUAUUACCGGCAUAUCGUCGGAAGGGUACUCUGGGAAGGGUUUCGUUGUGUCGAAAUAAAUGCACUUUGGGCUUCCUUAUCUGGCUGCUUACACACACGCGCUGCGGUCAUUGUUCCGUGCGUCUGUCCUGAAGAGAAAAGACUUACAUUAUUUGCAU